CCCCGUCAUUUUCUUCUCGCUCGAUUCCGUCGAUACAACCAAGAAGCCUGUGGAGCCUUCACUGCGAUUUCUCCAACACUUCUGGCAAUUUUCCAUCGGCUGUGCUUGUUUGAUAAUUAUUGUAACUGCACCGUUGCAAUUCCAUAUUCGGGGAGGUCAUUUUUCGGCAAUGGCGCAAGUGGUGGCAACGCGGCUCAUUCAUGGCGCAUUUGCGGCUAAUGUUGGCGGUGGAUCUAUGCAGAGUCGGUACGAGAAGCUGAGGUUUGGGUCUGGCUUCGAGGCGAAGGUUUUGGUGCGAAAUGAGAAGAGGAGUGUCGGCGGAGCUGUGAGGUUCAGCACGCAGAUCACGGCGAGGAGAUCUGCCAGCGUUGAGCCGCAAGUGGUUCCAGUUACUCCGGAGGACACACCUAAGGUAGAAGAGCAAAAUCAAUAUUUACAGGGUAUUCCCGAGCUUGGUGAUAUGUCAGUGGGAAUGUGGUCCAAGCCUGUUGUAAGGCGGAAGACGAAGAUUGUUUGUACUAUUGGCCCCUCAACUAACACCAGAGAAAUGAUAUGGAAGCUGGCUGAGGCUGGAAUGAAUGUCGCCCGUCUCAAUAUGUCACACGGAGACCAUGCAUCUCACCAGAAAGUCAUUGAUUUGGUUAAGGAAUAUAAUGCUCAGGCUAAAGACAAUGUCAUUGCCAUAAUGCUUGACACCAAGGGCCCUGAAGUUAGGAGUGGAGAUUUACCUCAACCUAUAACAUUGGAGACUGGUCAGGAAUUUACUUUCACAAUUCAAAGAGGAGUUAGCACGGUGGACUCUGUCAGUGUCAACUACGAUGAUUUUGUUAAUGACGUAGAAGUUGGCGACAUGCUUCUGGUUGAUGGUGGUAUGAUGUCUUUUAUGGUAAAAUCAAAGACUAAAGAUUCAGUUAAAUGUGAAGUUGUUGAUGGUGGCGAGCUUAAAUCCCGACGGCAUCUUAACGUUCGAGGAAAAAGUGCAACACUUCCUUCGAUCACUGAAAAGGACUGGGAUGAUAUCAAAUUUGGAGUGGACAACAAAGUCGAUUUUUACGCUGUUUCCUUUGUCAAGGAUGCAUCUGUAGUUCAUGAACUGAAGAAUUAUCUCAAAGAGGCUGGUGCUGACAUACAUGUCAUUGUAAAGAUCGAAAGCGCGGAUUCCAUACCAAAUCUGAAUUCAAUUAUAACUGCAUCUGAUGGGGCUAUGGUUGCCAGAGGAGAUCUUGGCGCGGAAUUGCCAAUCGAAGAGGUUCCCUUAUUGCAGGAAGAAAUCAUCAAUUUGUGUCGAAGCAUGGGAAAGGCAGUCAUAGUGGCGACAAAUAUGCUCGAAAGCAUGAUUGUACACCCCACCCCUACUCGAGCAGAGGUGUCCGAUAUUGCUAUUGCUGUUCGAGAAGGGGCUGAUGCAGUUAUGCUUUCCGGAGAAACAGCCCAUGGGAGGUUUCCACUGAAAGCAGUUAAGGUGAUGCAUACCGUCUCUUUGCGGACUGAAGCUACGAUACCUGAUGCCGAAACUCCUUCAAAUCUAGGCCAAGCCUUCAAGAAUCAUAUGAGUGAAAUGUUCGCUUUCCACGCGACAAUGAUCUCCAAUACGCUUGGAACUUCGACCGUUGUCUUCACUAGAUCUGGCUUCAUGGCGAUCCUACUGAGCCAUUAUCGACCAUCCGGCACAAUAUUUGCUUUCACAAAUGACAAGAGAAUACAACAAAGAUUGGCAUUGUACCAAGGGAUUCACCCAAUAUACAUGGAGUUCUCGGCUGAUGCCGAGGCAACAUUUUCCAACUCGUUGGCUUUCUUAAAGAAGCACGGAAUGGUGAAAGAAGGGGAACAGGUUGCUCUGGUUCAAAGCGGGAGACAACCCAUUUGGCGGUCCCAAUCCACCCACAGUAUUCAGGUCAGGGAAGUUUAGUAUAGUCUAUUACUGUAGACUAUAGAGUAUAUAUGGAAGCCUGCCUGCCUUGCCUAGCAAGUAAAGUACACACAACAAAUAACCGUCCAGGAUGACAGGUGGAUCCAUUGUUUGUUUCUUUGCUACUUAAGGUGUGGUGGGUGUUUUCCAAUUCAGCUCAGCUAAUUUAAUACAAUAAAGGCUACUAGGCCAUGUUUGCUGGAGGUUUGUGAGUUGGGUUUUGGAUUGCUGGGAUUUUAAUAGUACUAUUUGUUUGAGGCUUUGAA